GCUAUCUCUGCAGUGCAGUGUCCAAUUAGCUGCUAGCGAGCUAACUUGUCCACAUAGAGAAUUAUGGAUGAAAUGAUGACACAAGUCAACGGCUGUCAGACUGACCCCCUCUGCAUGGGCCCAUGAACAUGUCCACAGAUGACAGUAUCUCUGAGGACGUGUCCAGCUCAGGGGCCUUGAGCCAUUGCCACGUCAGUGGUGAUAGGGAUGGGGGUAAGGAGAGUGAGAGCUCCCUGGUGUCCUCUGAGGGGACGUCUGCCUCUGGCCUGGCAGUCUCAGAGGACAGACACACGGCUUCCCAAACAACAGGAGGCGCUGUGGAGAGCAGGCCCGCAGACAUCACACCAGCACGCAACAACAUCAGGAGCCUGUGUCUGAGCACAGAGGAAGUAUUUGAACAAGGGAGGAACCUCCCAUUCAUCAACCCAAGCUCUCUGGAGACCCUCCGGGCUUUGGUCCAGGAGAUUGAGAGCAGUGGAGAGACGGACCCUGAGAUCUGGAAGGAUUGUGAGAGCCGAUGGUUGCACCUAUUUCAGCUGGUUGAGAAGCAAUACCAAGCGCAAAUACUCGCUCAGCAGGAACAAUACCAGUGCCAAAUACAGCUGAUUCAGGAUGAAAUCAAGGCCUUGGUUCAGCUCCAGAACCGCCAGACCAGUGUCCAGCCACACACAGACUUUCCUCCAUCUCCACGGGUCAAAACUGUUACUGACCCAAAGGACUAUAUUUUCCCUCUCCUCUCCAGUGACUGUACAGUCCCCAAAAAUGUGCCUAGUGACCAUGACAACUUGGCAGCCUCUGCUCACUCCCCAUUUAGCUCUCCUUCGCCUCCCCUCCACAGAUCAGAAACCACUAACCAGGGGGAGGAGCAGGCAACUACAGUGCUCAGCAGUGGAUACGGGACUCUGUCUGCUUUGGAAAUGUGCCUGGAAGCUGCAGGGUCUCCAGUGGAAGAGGAGAAUGGUAGUCUAGGGAGGAAGAAGCAUCACUGGUCCUCUAACUUCCAGGAAGACAGAGAAACAACUGUGAUUGGGUGUCAGCAGGGUUUUUCCAAUGAGAGGAAUGUUGGUGUGGAGCAACUUGACCCAUCAGUUUACCAGCAGAGAACUACUGGCAACAGCCAAUCUUUGACCUCCUGGGCCCAGAGGCAGAAACUCAGGCCUAAGAAGAAAAAAAACACACAAGCUUCUUCCCAAAUCCCUGUGUACCAGGAGCAGUCAUACAACCACACAGAAUGUCACAGUCCAAAUCCCAAGGAGAGCACAGACUCCCACGACCAGCAUCGACCGACUGGGCCGCUGUCCAGCUCUUUUCCUCUGAGGAGGAGUGACAGCCUGAUGUCUGAGGCAUCAGGCCUCACCUACUGGCGUCUAAAUGACUAUGAUUUGUACUGGCCAUUACCAGACAGCUUUGCCAGCGACGCACACAUCCUUCUGCAAGAGGCGACCUCGAGUCUCACUCCAUCCCAAGAUCAGCAGCUGUCUCUCAAAGACAUAUAUCGGAACAAGCAAAGACCAGACUGGGAAAGCCCUGUUACAUCCAGUCCAUCAUCACCACAGGUGUUGACUUUGGACCCAGCAGCGAGCGUGCAUCAGUGGGAUCGCACCUCUGGCUUCACUUCACCUUCUCACUUCAGCAGCCCUUCAUUUGCCAACCAGCCCUUGCUCAAUCCUAGAGAUGGGACCCCUGACAGCAUGGUGGAGUGUGGCCCCAACCCUGGAGAUGCAGACUGUGUCUCUGAUACCUCCAGUAUUUCAGUUACCAGACCUUCCACCUCCAAGGUGCAAAGCGUGUGGGCAAAUGCAUCCCAUGCUUUACCGUCUUCUUCCCAGGAUAAGACCCAGCCCUGCUCCCUCAUCACCAACCAGCAACACAGAGCCUGUGCUCCUUCAGCCAGCAAAGAAGAUGGCAGUCACACCCACACCAGCACCCUGAAGCCAUGUCCACCCUCUGGUGCUAGUCUGCGGCCUGCAGUCAGUCCACACGUGGAGAGAGCUGCAUCACUGGAGGAUCCUGUUGUCCUUUCCCUACUACGUCAAAACCUGAGAGAGAAGCACUCUCGACAUGUGGCAGACCUGAAAGCCUACUAUGAGUCGGAGAUCCAAAUACUGAGAGACAAACUCAGUUUGACUGAGGAGAACGGCAAUGAUGUCCUCAUCGAGAGGUGUGAGCAUUUAGAAAAAGCUCUGGCCGAAACCACCCGUCGUGUUCAAGAACUUGAGGCGACUAACAGCUCGCUGGAGAAAAAACUGGCAGAAUGGACGGAGCGAUACGCCGUCGCAGGCUCUACUGUGAAAACUUUGCAGCAGCGGCUAGAAGAGGGGAACCGCUCCAGCAAAGAGAAGGACACGCUGACGGCACAACUGAAGAGCCGUGUACGGCACCUGGAGGAGGCGACACAGAAAGCCUGCAAGGAUGAAGAUGAGAAGGAAGCCAGGAGGGACAGAGAGCACAAAAUGCUGCAGGAUCUGCUCAGAGAGUAUGACUUUCUGAUGAAGGAAAAUGAAGGAACAAAGAACAAGCUGGUGACGGCAGAGAACAAGCUCGUUGAUGCCAAUGAUCAGAUAUCAGAACUGAAGAGAGUGAUUUCCAAACUGGAGUCUCAGGUGAAGCAGCUGGAGCAUGAGAACCAGGCCAGAGCGCGCCAGGCUUACCACAACAAAGCACAACCUUCUGGGGCUGGUCUUUUCCACCAUCCGGACCUGCUGCUGUCUCACAGUAAAAGCAACGGAGAGUCUGAUAUGGACCGUAGAAAGACGCCCCGUCCUCUGCCCGACCAGAUGAACGGUGGAAGAAAGUCUCUCAGUCCCUUCCCUCAGUCAAGUGUCCACAAAAGGUCACAGCAUAUGUUUAAUGAUCAGUCGCCCGGACCUGGGAGCUCUGUGGACAUGUCCUUAGCUGCUGGAAGCUACAGGUGUGCGUCCCCCCCAGAGUGUGAACAGUCUCUGCCUCAGAGCAGAGCGCAGGAGCAGAGCCAGUGGGAGAGCGGUCGGUCUCAGGCGUCCUCUGCCCUGACGCCCAUUAUGAGGGCCCUGAUAGAGCUGGAAGAUACCAGAGCCACACAGAGCCGGGCCCCCUGUAAGAACAGCUCCUCCACCUACAGGGUCGGCAGUCAGAGGCCCACUGUGGGUUUUGUGGAGCGGCAACAUAAAGAGCCAAUUCAGGAGCAAGCCAGGCUUCAAGCCGACAGAGACGUGGUUCAACCUGGAGGAUCUGUGGCUGCAGGAGGAGCAAAAAGACACAGGGAAGCAGAAAGAGCUCCAUCUAUACUGAGGCCUCAAAGGACUCUGUCUCCAGAAAGCCACAGAUCCUCCUCACUGCCUCCAGCGCAGCGAAACAUACCUCCAACUACUCCCACAAAGAGAGAAACCAUACUCCAUCCCAUCUCCGCCAAGUCCAGCCCCAAGCGCUGCCCCACUGACAACUACUCCACUGCUUUUGAUCACAUGCUGCCAAGAGAGGAACGCCUGCAGAAAAGGUUAAAUGGCCAUGCUGACCAGAGACGUCACUCAUUCCACUGCAGCAGUCCCAGGAAGAGACUACAGUUUACAUCAGCAGAAAGAGAAGAUGACCAUCGGCGGCCAGAUUCCACCGGCAGUGUGAACCAUCGUGAUGGAAACUCCCAGCUGGGCUGGGAGGAUCAGGCGGUCUGUGGUGGCUCCGACCUGCACGACACCUAUGGUGACUCAGCUCCGCUUCUCCUGGACAACCUCAACUCACUGGCCGAGGCCGAGAGACUGUUUGACGAACUGACGCAGGAGAAGCAGCAGAUCGAGGCAGCUUUGAGCCGGAUACCUGGGUCAGGGGGAAGAAUGAGUCUACAGAGCAGGUUAAAUGAGGUGGCCUUAGAGAAACGUCUGGACAGAGUGAAUCGUGAGCUGGGAUGUCUCCGCAUGACUCUGAAGAGAUUUCACGUCCUCCCCUCCUCUGCCAACAUUUAGCAACAUCUGUCUAUUAACGACAGUGUAGAUGCUACAGCGGAGUGUGUGGCAUUUACACACACACACACACACCAGUGAUUGUCCUUUACUCGCUCUCUGUGCCAUAACCCCACCUGUACACCAUCAUUUUUAUACGUAUGAAUUAUUAUUAUUAUUACUCUGGGAUAUUUUUUUAUGUCGGAAAAAAAUGUAAAGUAUAUUUUUAGUAACACAGAUUUGUAAAGUGGUUUUACUUUUUUAGUCUCACAGAAAUAUUAAUCUGACAUGUUUUCCUCGCCAUAUUUAGGUGUAGGUUUUUAAAUAAGCUGAGUUUCAGUUUAAAUGUGAGCAAAUUAAAAGCAAAGACUUUCCAGUGCAGAAGACAUUCAUGGACUUGGCUGCCAAUUUUGUUCUUAUUUUGACUGAAGUUUUUUUCAUUUGCCAAAGUCAUGUUUUAUACUGCAAAGAUUGUUGGUGCAUUUUUAACUCUUUUUUUUUUUCUUUUAUUAUUUGGACCAAAUCAUCAAACUUGAAGGAAAUAUUUGUUUACUUGAAUCCACUUGGCUUUUGUCUUUGUUUACUUUACAUGACCACUUGUCACUUUUAUGCUUCAUAUUUUAAAUUUGCUGCCCACAUUUUCAGUACACACAAAUCCUUGGGCUUCUUUUUUCCCCCCCUCCUCAUUCUUGAAAGGUUUUUUUUUUUGCACUGCUUCUAUUUGCCGUAAAGUUUUUUCUACGACACAACUUCACUGGAAACAUAACAAUAAAUCAAGUUUUUUUUUAAAUAA